AUGUCGCUCUCACUAUACCCGCCACCACCCGGCUCCGGGUCAAAAACACUCAACGGCCUCCCCUUUUCUUUAGCUUCCUCCUUCCGAGAUCGCAACAUCGUGCUCCCCAACUUCAGCCAGCUCAAGACCAAAGAGCUGCGCUCGGGGCACCGUCAAUCUGUGCGUGGGCUCGGGUGGUCUGUCGAUGGACGCAAGCUCGCCACCUGCGGGGCAGACCGCAGCAUACGCAUCUGGACGCCCGAGCGGUCGGUGGACUAUCGCGCGAGCACCGAGCUGCGCGGACACACGGAGAGUGUCGACCAGCUGGUCUGGCACCCUUUGCAGCCCGAGGUGCUGGCGACGGCGAGUGCGGACAAGACGGUACGGGUGUGGGAUGUGCGUGCGGCACCCGCGGAGGCGGGUUCAGUAGUGAGCACUCCCGGUGCGAACAUCAACAUUGCGUAUCAUCCGACGGGGAAUUACAUUGCGGUGGGCGAUAAGACGGAUACAGUGUCGGUUGUAGAUACGCGCCAGAACAGGGUGGUUCACACCGUGUGUACGCGCAGGUCGAGCGCUCCGCCCGGAGAAGAGACAUACAUUUCCACGACAGUGUUCGCCAGUCACGACGAGAUCAACGAACUCUCCUUCUCCCCCGACGGCUCCCUCCUCCUUCUCUCCUCCGGCUCCGGCUCCGUCCACAUCCACCACACUUUGUCCGAUUACAAACGCAUCCACUCGCACCCGACCCACACCGCCAACGUCUUCUGCCUGGAAUACGACCCGCUGGCGCGCUUCAUCGCCACCGCCUCCUCCGACGCCAUGAUCUCCCUCUGGCACGCCACCGAGUGGUACUCGCUCAAGAUGUUCACCUCCCUCUCCUUCCCCGCGCGAGCCAUCGGCUUCAGCUUCGACGGCGAGCUCCUAGCCGCGGGCGGCGAGGAUCCGUUCAUCAGCAUCAACGCUACCAAUCCGACGCUGGGCCUGGACAGUAACGAGACCGACCAGGUGCACAAGGUGCCCUUGGGCGCGAGUACCAUGAUUAAUACGCUCGCGUGGCAUCCGAGCAAGUACGUUCUGGCGUAUGCCGGCGAUGAAGCGCCCAAGGAUACCGGCAUCGUCCGCGUGUUUAACCUGUAG